AUGUUCUAUAAAUCCCACGGAAAUACAGGCAAUCCUAUGGAAAUCCCAGAAAUCCCAUGGCAAUCCCAUGGAAAUUGCGGAAAUCCCAUGGAAAUCCCGGUAAUCCCAUGGAAACCCCAGAAAUCCCAUGGAAAUCCCAGAAAUCCCAUGGUAAUCCCGGCAAUCCCAUGGAAAUUCCGGAAAUCCCAUGGAAAUCCCAGAAAUCCCAUGGAAAUCCCAGAAAUCCCAUGGAAAUCCCAGAAAUCCCAUGGAAAUCCCGGAAAUCCCGGAAAUCCCAUGGAAAUCCCGGAAAUCCCAGGAAAUCCCGGAAAUCCGAAAUCCGCCGUUUCCCCCUUGUCAACAAGUUUUGGCUAA